AGGAACGGGGCGGCGGGGAGAUGGCGGCCGAGCCGGGGCUGCCGGAGCUGGAGGCCCAGAAGCGGCUGGUGGAGGGCGACGGGCCUGGCCGGCCUGGGCGGGAGCGGCCGCUGCGGGCGGGAGAGAAGUGGUAUCUACUGGAGAAUCACUGGUACCAGCAGUGGAAGGCAUAUGUCGAAUCCGGGGACCAGAACUCCAGCUCUUUCCCGGGUCGGAUCAACAACGCCGAGCUCUUCGAAGAUUUGGAGUCGUACCGGUUGAAGGACAGGCUGGUGGAAUAUGAGGAGUACAUUCUGGUGCCGGAGGAAGUGUGGGACAAACUGGUGAGCUGGUAUGGCAUCGAGCGUGAGCAGCCACCCAUUGAACGCAAGGUGGUGGACUUGCCCAGCAUGCAGAAGGUGGAGGUUUACUUGGUGGACCUGUACCUCUGCCAGCACAGUGACAUGGACAACCCCAUUGUCGCCUCAUUCAGCCGCAUGGACGUUAUCGACAAUGUCCUUAAGGAAGCGCGGCGCCUCUUUGCUGUCCUGCCUGAGGAUGAAACGAGGCUCUGGGUGAAAAACGCAGAUGGGUCUUGCGAGAGGCUGCGGAACUUGCAGAUGACCGUACUGGACGCUUGCCUCAGUUCAGGGCAGAUGGUGAUAAUGGAGACCAGGAGCAAAGAUGGCACUUGGCCCAGCUCUAGGCCGCAUAUCAUGAAGAACUCUGUGGAGGAGGAAGAGCUGUACCAGGGCCAGCCAGGGGUGUGUGGCCUCACCAACCUAGGCAACACCUGCUUCAUGAACUCUGCCUUGCAGUGUCUGAGCAAUGUGCCUUCUCUGACGGAGUACUUCCUCAAGAAUUGCUACCUGGAGGAGCUAAACUUCACAAACCCCUUGGGCAUGAAGGGGGAGAUCGCAGAAGCCUACGGCGACCUCAUUAAGCAGCAGUGGUCUGGCCACCACCGCUCCAUCGUGCCUCGCAUGUUCAAGACCAAAGUGGGUCACUUUGCCUCCCAGUUCCUCGGCUACCAGCAGCACGACUCUCAGGAGCUCCUCUCCUUUCUGCUUGACGGGCUGCACGAGGACCUGAACCGUGUCAAGAAGAAGGAGUACAUAGAGCUGAAGGACGCGGCUGGGCGGCCGGAUGAGGAAGUAGCAGAGGAAGCCUGGCGCAACCACAAACGCCGUAACGACUCCAUCAUCGUCGACAUCUUCCACGGGCUCUUCAAGUCCACGCUGGUGUGUCCUGAAUGUGGCAAAGUUUCGGUGACCUUUGACCCCUUCUGCUACCUCAGCGUCCCCUUACCCGUCAGCAAGGAGCGAGUCAUGGAGGUUUUCUUCAUCUACAUGGACCCCUGCAAGAAGCCUGAGCAGCACAGACUGAUUGUCCCAAAGGCUGGGAAAGUGCUGGACCUCUGCUGCACCUUGUCCAAACACACAGGCGUCCCAGCUGAGCGGAUGAUGGUGGCGGACGUGUUUAGCCAUCGCUUCUACAAGAUCUAUCAGAUGGAAGAAUCCCUGAGCUGCAUUCUGGACCGGGAUGAUAUUUUCAUAUACGAGGUAUCGAUAUCCAUUCGGGAGGACCCUGCCACAGCAGACGCGGUGGUUUUGCCCGUGUACCUGCGAGAGCGCACCCACGGCCGCGAGUACAGCGACACCUACUACGGGGUCAUGCUCUUCGGCCACCCGCUCCUGGUCUCUGUGCCGCGGGACCAGCUCUCUUGGGAUGCUCUCUACCAGCUCCUUCUGCACCGGCUGUCCCGCUAUGUGACUCGACCAGACUCGGAGGAGGAAGAGGAGGAGGAAGAUCAAAGUGAGGAAGAGGACCUUUACAGCAAGCGGCCCAACGGGCUGAGUGAAGGGGAGGAGGAAGAGGAGGAAGAGACCACAGCAGAAGGCUCCACUAGCCAGGAACCCAGCUCGGAGACAGAGGAAAACCCCUCCGACGCGUCCGUGGGAGAGGAAGGAGCCGGUGUGGAGGGGAAGCAGAGCCCCAGCCCGUCCCCCCACCGGCCAGCCCAGUCCCCCCAGACUCCGUCUUCCAGCCCUAGCCCUCCUACGGCCAACCAGCCCAAGCGCAAGUGUUGCCUGCCACGGCGGCAAAAGCUGCUCUUCACCCUUCAGCCUGUCAACUCAAAUGGUACCAGUGAUCGGAUGGCUGGCCAGGAUGAGGGCAGCGCCGUCUCUUUCAACUCCCAACCAUACGUUGCCAUGGACUGGGAUUCUGACAUGAAGAAACGCUACUAUAACGAGGCAGAAGCUGAGGGCUACGCCAAGCACGACUGCAUGGGCUACACUCUGAAGAAGAACCCCGUGAGACUGCAGGAAUGUAUCGAGCUGUUCACCACCGUGGAGACGCUGGAGGAAGAAAACCCUUGGUACUGUCCCACCUGCAGAAAGCACCAGUUGGCCACCAAGAAGCUGGACUUGUGGUCACUGCCGGAGACCCUGAUCAUUCACCUCAAGCGCUUCUCCUAUACCAAGUUCUCCCGGGAAAAGCUUGAUACCCUUGUGGAAUUUCCCAUCCAGGACCUUGAUUUCUCUGACUUCAUCAUCAAGCCACGGAAGGACACUGACCGCACAGUGUACAAAUACGACCUUAUUGCUGUGUCCAACCACUACGGUGGCCUCCGAGAUGGGCACUACACUACGUUUGCCCGGAACAAGGACAGUGGGACGUGGUUUUACUUUGAUGACAGCAAUGUCUCUAUGGUUUCCAAGGCCCAGAUCGAGUCCAAAGCUGCCUACGUCCUCUUCUAUCAACGUCAGGACAAAAUCCGCCACCCGGCCCCCCUUCCUGUGGCCACGAGUACUACCGGUGCCGGAGAGCAGGAGGAGCACGAGGCCUGCUGCGCUCCCUUUCCCAGCCAGCCCCCGAGUCGAGACUUUAUGGACGUGGACUGACCCUCAUCCAGCCCUCCUCGCCUCUUCAUUGCAACCGAGGAAGGGGGGCCCAGGCAAGAGCCGUGCAUCUUCCUCUCACGAGACUGAAGCUGGCAGCUGGAUUCUCUGCAGGGGCAGCGGCUAAUCUUUCUCAGGCCUUGGAACAGGGGUAGAGCAGGGCUGGAGGACUCGAGAGGACUCACCCUCUGCUUAUUUCCCUGUGCGUUGCACAUAAUUUCCAUUGCUUCGAUGAGGCGUGGAGGGCUGUGUCCCACCCACCCCAUUAUAGGGCUGACGUGUUGCACCAGCAUUUUGUAAGAUAAAAAGGGGGGGCGGAGGACGUUUUCCUGUUCCUCCCUCUCAAAAACGUGGAGCUGUUCUCAGGGCUAGAGCUUCCAAAUUGGAGGUGUGUGUGUGGGGGGGGGGUUCUGUUGAGUGUGUCAUUCCUGCAGACUCUUGGGUGUGCUACCACUUCCUCCCCCCCCCCCCAAAAAACAGCAGGAGGUCCUCACCUUUCAGCAUCAGGUUGACCGACCACUUGCUGCUGCUUUUUAGAUCCCAAGGGUUCCUUCCCUGCAUCUUUUUUUUGUUGUUUGGGAAGACUUCAUAAAAGGCACCCUCUUUCUCUGCUGUGAUCCGCAGCCGGUUUGACACCCCUGCCUUUAACCUGGUUGCUGCAAGGUGCUGGAUGAAGGCUACGUUGUUCCCCCCCCCACCCAUUAUCAAGUGCCUCCUUCUCCUUCCCCUCCUCACAGUAGAGCAAUAAUUUCCACAGCCCUCCUACCACUGGACCUGCAUGCAUUUCUUGGGCAGUCUUUCAGCAUCCUGUUUUUUGAAGCCUCUCUGCAGCGAGGGCAAGUGCCGGCCCACUCGGCUAGGAUCCGCCGCCGCCGAGUCUUAGUGUCAAUGCCCGUCGGGGAGAACCGAGCUACGUUCAGCAUGUGCAGCCUCAGCAACGGUCCUACUCCCACCGUGGUUUGGGGGAGAGGAAUGCCACCGUUGCUUUCCCCUCUCCAGCCGCAUUAGUUGGGGUCGGGGCAGGGGAGCAUAGCGAGUGUUGUCAGAGACGUUCCUUGGCCCUGAGAGUUGGCGAGACGACUUCCCCUGCCCGCUCGGCGUCUUGACUACUCACUCCUACUGCUGCUUCCAGGCUCAGGGAUCACACUGGUUUGUAAAUAGGUUUCUGUGCGCACAGUAGGGCAGGGCAGGACACGGGCGGAGGCAGCCAAGCGUGGAGCACUCGCUGACUGCAGGAGCGCAGAGUAUUUUCUUAAGGAUUUGGGGAAGAAAUUUUCUUCACUGGACUUGUGGGGCUCUCUCUUUUUCCCUUGUGAGUUUUUUAAGAAAAUAUUUUUGGCAUGUGGCAAAACCUGUACAUAAAAAACUUCAU